GCAGUUGGUUCGCGGAAUUUACUGACAGGGCCGAGUCCAAUGGCAGCUCCGCGAAGUGGAUUGUGGGGGGCGUAGUUCGGACAGCGGAGAAAGCAAUACCGAUCGAGGGGGCCAGCCGUAAGCACUUCUACUACACGUCCCAGAACACACUGCGGUAUUUGAGCUGUGUGUAUGUGAGGCAGAGUGAGAGAGAGUGAGGGACAGAUUUAGGAAUUCGUCUGCAGACUUGCUGCUGCGCUGUUACAGAAAAAUGGCCUAGCAGUCCAGCUAACUGCUAACUGUUCAUUUGCGAGUGCUUCGAAGCCGUUGUGAGACUCCUCGCUCCAACCGAUACUCCUGGAGGAGCAGCGGCAGCCGUCACAGCAGCCCCCUCCCCCCACUUCCCCCCGCCGCACUCCUCCCCAGCAGACUGACAACAAGAGCAGGAUGGAGGCUUCAUUUGGUCCUACGUUCUCAGCCGUGGCUGCUGGAGCAAAAGCAGAAGGGUCCAGCAGCUACAAGCAGCACAGAAGAACUCCCUCCUCCUCGAGCACUCUGACCUACUCUCCCCGGGAUGACGACGACGGAAUGCCUCCUAUGACUCCUCGGAGGUCAGACUCGGCCAUCUCAGUUCGAUCGCUCCACUCCGAAUCCAACAUGUCUCUGCGCUCCACUUUCUCUCUGCACGAAGAGGAGGAGGACACGGAGCCCCAGGUGUUUGCCGAACAGCCAUCCGUAAAGCUGUGCUGCCAGCUGUGCUGUAACGUCUUCAAGGACCCCGUCAUCACCACAUGUGGGCACACAUUCUGCAGACGAUGUGCCUUGACUUCCGACAAGUGCCCAGUGGAUGCGGCUAAGCUAACUGUCGUGGUCAACAACAUCGCGGUAGCCGAGCAGAUUGGAGAGCUGUUUAUCCACUGUAAAUACGGCUGCAGGGCCACGGCCAGCGCUGCAGGCGGGGCCGCUGCCUGCACCUCCACAGUGGCCGGCAAACCUGGUGCGUACGAGGUGGACCCACUGGGCUGCCCAUUCACCAUCAAGCUGUCCACGCGCAAAGAACACGAGGCCAGUUGUGACUACAGGCCGGUCCGCUGCCCCAACAACCCUUCCUGCCCCCCGCUGCUCACCAUGAACCUGGAGGCUCACCUCAAAGAGUGCGAGCACAUCAAGUGUCCACACUCCAAAUAUGGCUGUACGUUCAUCGGUAACCAGGACACGUAUGAAACACACCUGGAGGUGUGUAAAUUUGAGGGCCUGAAGGAGUUUCUGCAGCAGACUGAUGACAGGUUCCAUGAGAUGCAGCUGACUCUGGCCCAGAAGGACCAAGAUAUUGCUUUCCUGCGGUCCAUGUUGGGAAAACUGUCUGAGAAGUUAGAUCAGCUCGAGAAGAACCUGGAGCUGAAGUUUGAUGUGUUGGAUGAGAACCAGAGUAAACUGAGCGAGGACCUGAUGGAAUUUCGUAGAGACGCUUCCAUGCUUAACGAUGAGUUGUCCCACAUCAACGCCAGGCUCAACAUGGGGAUCCUGGGAUCAUACGACCCCCAGCAGAUCUUCAAGUGUAAGGGGACAUUUGUUGGCCACCAGGGCCCCGUUUGGUGUCUGUGUGUCUACUCCACCGGAGACCUACUCUUCUCCGGAUCCUCAGAUAAAACGAUCAAGGUAUGGGACACCUGCACCACCUACAAGUGUCAGAAAACCCUCGAGGGGCACGACGGCAUCGUUCUGGCUCUUUGCAUCCAAGGAAACCGUCUGUACAGUGGCUCUGCAGACUGCACCAUCAUCGUGUGGGACAUCCAGACCCUGCAGAAAGUCAAUACUAUCCGUGCCCAUGACAACCCUGUAUGCACGCUGGUCUCCUCCCACAACAUCUUGUUCAGCGGCUCCCUAAAGGCCAUCAAGGUGUGGGACAUCGUGGGUACGGAACUGAAGCUGAAGAAGGAGCUGACCGGCCUGAAUCACUGGGUCAGAGCACUGGUGGCCUCCCAGAACCACCUGUACAGCGGCUCAUAUCAGACCAUCAAGAUUUGGGACAUCCGCUCUCUGGAGUGUGUUCACGUCCUGCAGACCAGCGGGGGCAGCGUCUACUCUAUCGCCGUCACCAACCACCACAUCGUCUGCGGCACCUAUGAAAACCUCAUCCACGUGUGGGACAUUGAGUCUAAAGAGCAGGUGCGGACCCUGACCGGUCACGUGGGGACAGUUUAUGCUCUUGCUGUCAUCGCCACCCCUGACCAGACCAAAGUGUUCAGCGCCUCCUACGACCGCUCACUCAGGGUGUGGAGCAUGGACAACAUGAUCUGCACCCAGACCCUGCUGAGACACCAGGGCAGUGUAACGGCUCUGGCCGUCUCUAGAGGGCGCCUCUUCUCCGGAGCCGUCGACAGCACCGUCAAGGUAUGGACAUGCUAAACCAACCAUUUGCUCUGCAGGGGUCCAGUCGACUCCUUUACCAACGGUAACCUUUCCACGUGAUCCCCUCCCCCACACCAGUUUCUUUGAUUGUGAUUUAAACGGCUACAGACCAAUAAUAAUAACCGCCACUUCACCGUUGAGUCGUUUGAGCAACGUGUUGCUUUUUAAAGCUUCCAAUGGCGGCCUCGACCGGAUCGUCGGGCUUGAGGGGUCACGCCCCCGACGUGACCUCAUCGCCAGUGCAUGACGGGGCAAAAAUAAGACGAGCGACCUUACAGCUGCACCACACGGCGCCAGAAACCGAGACCGACUGGAAGCCGCGCCCCUGCAAUCGGAGCAGGAAGCAGAGAGGGUCCCGCUUCCUGCGGAAACACCUGCCGUUUAAGAACUGUACUGAUGAAGCAUACGAUUCAAAUAAGUCUGAGGGCUGGUUUCACAAAUGGGGAGCGCAGCCACGCUCAUUAAAAUAUGUUCAUGUCACGCACCAGAACAAAGGCAAGACAAGGUCAUUUUGUGCAAAUAAGGCAGCGGCGGUUUUAUGUACGUGAGGAUUACGUUGACCCCUAACCCGGGAUUCACCCUCAGAACGUGAGAAGUACCCUUCCCUGUUUGGACCUGGUUUUGAAGUUGGGUUGUAAGAGGUAAAUGUACAUAGUCAGAGUAUUACGGACCGUCGGCACAGUAUCAAAGCAGAUGCCUAAAUAAAAUCAAUAUCACUUUAAGUGUUCGCUAUAUUAACAAUAUUUUCACCACUUUAUCUUAACGACGGGGAACUGAAGCCUCCCAGGACAAAAAAAACCCAGUCAUUUGUCUUCUAGAACAUUUGAGUUGGUUUCUUGUGACUUAAGAAUCGUCAAACCAAAGUAUCUCCAAACCGGCGGCCGCUCAUACUUCAUCCAAACUAUUCCGUUAACUUUUUGUCACUAAGCGGCAUAAAUCGUCCCAAACAUGAGGGCUCGUGUCUUAACCCUCCAGUUCAGCGCGCGUGUUUGCCGUCUCCCACAACUGAAACCAGCCCUUUUUUAAUUCAAAACGUUUUAAUAAGAGAAUGACAGAUCUAUAGAUUUACUGAGUUUUAUAUUAGUGCCAUGAUAGAUCUGUAUUCAGAGCCAUUAACGGUUGUACAGUCGUGUAAAAUAAGAAAUGGCAGCCCAUGAGACCGACUCACUCCUUUAUGUAUAUGUGAGUGUUUAAUGAGUGCCAUAAGUCCGGAUGAUAAACAAGGAGAGACUCGCCUUGUCUCCUCCCUCUUUCUGCCUGUCCCCGCCCACUCUCGAAUUGGGGUUAACAUAACCACAGAUUAAUGCUGACUGUUUCAUGACUAAUACUCGAUGGACAGGCCAGGGGGGGAUUGUGUGUAAUUGACCUUUGAACUCCCAAAAGGCACAUUUAAAAGAAAGUGCUGUGAAGUCCUGCUUUCCUGUAUUCUGUUCCAGGACCCAUAUUGGGUUGAAAACAUGAAAACGGACUAAAUAUGCCUGGGCGGGUAGUUUCAAGAUCAUGUCCAUCCAUUUAGACACGUGGGCUAAAUUAUGUUUUUACAGAUGUUCAGCAUUAUGUUGCCUUCAUUUACUUGCAGAACUGGCCACUACUUCAUGUAGCCUUGGUGAGGCGUCUGCACUGGUCACGGUUUCAGUGAUGCCUUGUCUACUUGUAAUCAUGUAAGCCUGAGUUGAUCGUGGAUCAAUAAAACUGUUGUACACUUUCA